AUGACAGACUCGUCUCUACCGUUUCCUUCGUAUGGCGCUACAGCGCCAGUGCCCCCCACACCAUGUCAUGACGAUAGCGAUCAGACCCUCGCGAAUACUCCGUUACUACAAACAUCUGAUGUAUCUGUCCAGGGCGAUGACGACCGCUGUGGGAUUAGCUCCCAGCCCACCGAGCGAACUCCCCUGAUACUUCCAGUAGUAAAUCACCCCGGUAGCGAUGGUAGCCUGACGUCUUCCGCUCGUUCCGAUCAUGACAGGAUAAAGCAAGCAACUAAAAGCCCUCGUAUCCUUAUUAUAACACUCAUUUCAUUAUGCUUCGCCACCCUUUCGAUCUUAUUCAUUGGGUUUAUGCUUCCCGAAGCCGUACAAGAAUAUGCAAAAAAGGCUGCCGACGUCAAAAUCGAUAGUCUAUCAGUCGAUUCGUUCACUGAAGGUGGGAUCCGGGUCCGAGUUCAGGGUCAAGUGGCCCUAGAUGCUGAACGGGUGGGGAGUGUUCUACUCAAGAACUUGGGCAUUUUGGUUGGAUCUAUGGCCAGAAAAGUAAAAAUCGGUUCCUCCAAAGCAGUUUUGUACCUACCAGACUACCCGGAGGGUGUGUUAGGUAUUGUUUCGUAUCCCGAACUUGUAGUCAACUUACGGGAUGGACAGGCUACGCAUGUAGACAUUAUCUGCGACGUUGAGCCGGCUUCGCUCGAAGGAAUAAAACCUGCGAUCGAUGAUUAUCUCUUAGGAAAAAUCCAUUUCUUGCGGGUCCAGGUGGAAUCGGACAUGCCACUCACAUCUGGUAUGUUUCCGUUGGGCACCCAUAAAGUUAUUCAAGAAGUUGUUCUCAAAGACAUCCCAUCCCUUCCUGCGCUGGCGCUUUCUCGCUUAAAUCUCGCUGAAGUGCAUUUGCCCAACCAAGUGGCUUUGGGAGCUAAUGUCACCGUUGAAGUUGAGAAUAAAUAUCCAAUCAACUUCAGUGUACCCCCUCUUGGGUUCUCGGUGCUACUUCGUUCUUGCGAGCAAGAUUUUAUCGAGGUAGCAAUAGCAAAAACUUCAACUGUGAACAUACAGCCCCUCAAACCACUGGUGAUCGAUGUCACUGGGAUUAUCAGGUCGAUUCCUUUCGCUUUGAUAGAGGUUUGCCCUGGAACUGGGACGUCGCCUCUUGAUGAUCUUCUGGAACGAUAUGUACACGGACUGGCUGCAACGGCUUACAUCAGAGGCUUACCUUCAGAUAAGCAGGAACCGGGCCUUCCUGCCUGGCUUGAGGAACUUUUGGGCUCAGUUACGCUCCCAGUCCCUGUGCCGGCCGGGGACGCCCUCAAAGACAUCCUUAAAUCAUUUUCUCUCAACGACGUCAAAUUUCAGCUACCAGAUCCAGAUGCUGAUCCCGAUAGCCCAGAAGCAUCACCUCGGCUUUCAGCAACAGUUCAGGCCAUCAUCGCGUUACCGCAGGAGAUGAAUGCACCUCUCGAUGUAUCGAAGGUUAUUGCGAAUGUUGAUGUCUUCUACCAAGGCCGCAAACUCGGCGAGUUCCAUGUUCCUGAUUGGGCACCCGCUACUACGAUUCAGCGGGAAGAAACCCAUGACCUUGAAGUCAAUGCUAGAGUCGAAGAUGUUCCAUUAAAAAUAACAGAUACAGACGUAUUCUCUGAAGUUGUACAGAAGAUUAUCUUUGGAGGCGGUAGUGGAGCUAAGUUACAAGCCGAUGGGACGGCGGACGUUAAAGUUGGAAUUGCUAGCUUAGGAGCAUUUGUUAUACGGGGCAUACCCGCAAAAGGCGACAUUGUGAUCAAAGGAGAAAAGCACACUCUUCAUGAUAUAAACCCGAAACCAAGAGAUAUUAGUAUUAUAUCUUCAACCAAAACCUCAGUUAGGAUGAGCGCCAAAGUCACAUUCACCAAUCCAACAAAUUAUACCGCCAAUAUUCCCUAUCUCAACAUCCUGUUUACUAAAAACGGAACUAUCUUGGGUAAUGGGACACUUGUAAAUGCUAUUGUAGGGCUAGGCGAAAACGAACUCGCUGUUGAAGCAUUUUGGGCUCCCGCUGAUGGUGGAGAAGACGCACGUGCGCUCGGAAUGGCUCUGCUGGGUGAAUAUGUCUCUGGUGAAAAUUCCACGAUCACUGUUAGAACCCAUGAACGGUCUAUACCAUCUCUUCCAGAUCUCUCAAAGGCAUUGGAGUUCUUAGAAUUUACGCUUCCACUCCCGCCCCCCCCUCUUGGUAGCUUGCCGAAGCCACCAGAUGCCGACCCUCCGCGGUUUGUUCAAUCCGCCACACUGCACGUUCUCGGUUCAACUGGCUCCUUCGAGCUCAGGAAUCCGUUCCAAAGUGAUACGAUAUAUAUUUCAAAUAUAGUCGGGAUUGCGACCCAUAACGGUACGACUCUGGGUAUGUUGGAUUAUGAAUAUCAGAUCGCCAUCCCCGCUGGUCUCUGGGAGACCCCUAAGCUUCCAGUUCAAUGGACUUUGAAAGGGGUGGGAUAUGAUAUUCUUAUGAAAGCUGCUGGCGGAGUCCUAAAGAUUGAUGCAAAAGCAGAAUGCAACGUCAGAAUAGGUCGUUGGGAGGCAAGGUUGAAAUUCCAUGGGAGCGGAAUUGGUGCUCACGUUCAUUUACGUUAA